AACGACGAAGAGGAAAAGAAGAAGAAGGAGGUGGUGGUGGAGGAGGAGGAGGAGGAAAAAAAAGAGGAAGGAAAAGAGAGAGAGAGAGAGAGAGAGAGGAGUAAAGGUGGAGAAAGAAGAAGUGGAAAUAGACGGGAAGGAGAAAAAGACGAAAGGAGGUGAAAACGAAAUAACUCACCGGUGUGUUUCGUAUACGAUCGCAAUCGCGCACGCGCCGAACGUGACAUCUCGCGCAAAACUACGCGGGCUCCUUCGAAAGAGAUUAUAACAAAAUAUAAUCCCUGUUAUUCGAAUCGACAUGUUAAAAAGUGUUUCACGUGUAAAACCGCGCAUCAAUUUGUUUCUAAUGUACACAUGCGCGAGUCAUUAUCUCGGUAAUCGCCAGUCAUUAUUUUAUUAAUGAGUCCGUGCUCGUUCUCGAAAGUUCUAAGAAGAAAUGAACAGUUUAUAGCGGAUUUUCUCGUGUAUUCUAUUUUCGAGUUGCUCGCGAAUGUUUCUAUCUUCCGCGCUACAUCUCGAGAGGAACGAAAAAGGAGAAGGAAAAAAUAAGAAGCAGAAACGUCGGUAAAACGCAAUAAUAUAAAAGGAGGAGGAGGAGGUGGUGGUGGCCGAAGAGAAGAAAUCGAUAUUCGACGGAUGGCUCGGAGAACGGCAGAGGGAGUUUUUCUGUCAUCCUUGCAAACGACCGUAGAAGAGAACGUAACGCGCGCUUUACAACUAACCCGACGCUCGUUACUAUCACGAGCUAAGGAAGAGAAACUGAGAAGAAAGAAGAAGAGGAAAAUCGCGCGCGCGAGUAACAAAAGAGAAAUAGAAACGCAUCGUUUAUCGUCCGUCGAGCGUAUGUCAUUAACGUCGUCAUCGUAGUCGUCGUCGUCGUCGUCGUCGUCGUCGUCGUCGUCGUCGUAGUCAUAGUGGCACGACGUUGCAUAACUAGCGCGAACUCGGUGAGACUAGUGCGAUUACGUAAGACGAUAUCCUCGUUUACCAGAAGCUACUCGGUGUUCCCUAGACAGGACACUACGUGAACGAUACUACGUGAAGAAUAUAAAUAUCAUACAUGUGUGUGUGUAUAUAGAGAUAGAAAGAGGGAGUGAGAGGCAAUAAAGGAGAGAGAAGGGCACGUGCACCACCGACAACUACAGCAGUCGCGUGGCUGUCGUCCUGUCGUCGAGAAGACGCAUGCUCAAAUAAUCGAUCCUAUACAACGGCUCGUUCGACCCGGCCCAGAAUUUCUACGAUUGCCAUGAGGGCAGCCUUUCACUUCGUCGUCCUAAGAAACCGGAAACCGAUUAUGAAUUGAGCUUUACGCGUAUACAUGUGCCGUAUUACGUCGCAUUGCUCUACGAGCCUGUUUAUAAAUAUAUAUUUAUAUGUGUCGCCGCCUCUGCCUGUGCGUAUAUGUUUACGCGCGCGUGUGCGCGCGUGUGUGGGUGUCAGUGAUAUAUAGAUAUGUGUAAACAUUGUGGUUUCGCUCUAUGAAAAUUUAUGAAUUACGCAAGUGUAAUACCUUCCUCUCGUUGUCCUCGACAACAUUCACGUUCUUCUUGUUAAAUAUUUAAAGGAGUUCGUAUUUUGCGCGCGUGAACCAAAUAGAAGCUCCUGCGCAAACUGCACGCGCCGGAAACAUCGACGAUGGCGAUGAAGAGUCGGAAACAGUACUCUAACGGGCCUACCUUGGGCUCUAAGAGCCACUACCCUGCCAUCAGUCAAGCCUACUGGGCACCACAACCGCAGACCGUACCUUAUUCCGUUCCAGAACGCAAGUUGUUCGUUGGCAUGUUAUCAAAAAAAUACACCGAAAAUGACGUCAGAAGCAUGUUCAGCGUCUACGGAACGAUCGAGGAGUGUUCGGUAUUGCGAGACAAUGCCGGACAAAGUAAAGGCUGUGCCUUCGUUACCUUCGCUAGUAAACAAUACGCUAUCAACGCCAUUAAGGCCCUUCAUCAUUCGCAAACGAUGGAGGGAUGCUCAUCACCUCUGGUUGUGAAAUUCGCUGACACACAGAAGGAAAAGGAUCAAAAAAGGAUGCAGCAAAUUCAAGCGAAUCUCUGGAAUAUCGCAGGAGUCAACAUGGCGCCGCAUUACCUGACGACGGGUGAGACGCAUACGCUGGCGCCGUCGUCGUUGCAGUUGUUGCAGCAGUUGCAAGCGACAACGAGUGCGGCCACCCCGGUAGCCGCCGGCGCCGGAGCGAACGCUCUCUCGAGUGUUCAGCAUCAGCUGUUGCUACAGCAGCACCUUGGCCUCGGUGCAGCUACCCCCGCACACGCCGCUCCACCUGCUGUUCCAAGUCCACCGGAGAUUAAUCCUGCCAAUCUCCAGGGUCUAGCGACUCUCGCGUCCCUCGGUAACUCCGCUGGUGAGUAUGCAAAUGCUGGUGUAUCGCCGAUGAGUAUGCAAAAUCUUGUUACAUUGGCAGCUAUGACUGGCGGAAACGGCAACCUUCAAGUGUCACCAACCACGUUAAGCGGACUGGCGAAUUCGACAGCAGGUAUGUCGCUAUCUGCCCUACUCGGGAAGACAGGAAGUACAGGGUCGACCGGUGGAAGCCUAAGUCCUGUAACGUCUCUUGCGCUUAAUUCCUUGACAGGAGCACCUUUGAACGGAUUGCAGGACUCUCUGAGUAACGCUUAUUCGAGCUUGCAGCAGUACGCAGCUCUCAUUGGAAAGACGACGGUGACCGUGGAAAAGAAAGAAUUGCAUAGGUUCCCGGCAUUCACGGCGGCAGCGGCUGCAGCAGCGGCGGCGGCGCAAAAUUCGAGUUUCAGUGCCGCUGGCAAGCAGAUCGAGGGUCCUGAAGGUGGUAACCUCUUCAUCUACCACUUACCGCAGGAAUUCAGUGAUACCGAUCUAGCUUCUACCUUUCUACCUUUCGGCAAUGUCAUAUCCGCCAAAGUUUUCAUCGAUAAACAGACGAAAUUGAGCAAAUGCUUCGGUUUCGUCUCGUACGACAACUCUGCGAGCGCGCAAGCAGCGAUCCAGGCGAUGAACGGUUUCCAGAUCGGCACGAAGCGACUUAAGGUUCAAUUGAAACGAUCCAAGGACGCUUCGAAGCCGUACUAGUUGACAUCAUCCUCGAGCGUUCGUAGCAGGUGGCCUGUGACGUUGUGACCGUGUACUCUCGAUCGGAGUCGCCGUGCCAUGUCAAUCUCAGUCAGUCAGUCAGUCAGUCAGUCAGUCAGUCAGUCAGUCAAUCGAUCGGUCGAUCGGUCAAUCGAUCGUCUUCGAUCGUCGACCAAGUCGGUCAAUCAGUUACGACUCCUUGGUCAGUCUCUCGAUCGGUCUCUCUGUGUCUGUCGGUGCUGCCUGUACAAAAAAAAAGAAAAAAAAAAAAAAAAAAAAAAAAAAAAGAAAAGAAAAAAAACACCAAAAAGAAAACACACAAAAA